CUGUGCUUUCCAUUUAAGUUUCUAUCCGGAUUUUCCAGUCUUUAGACAAAAAUUCUUCAUUGCAAUAGAGUUUGUAUUGUGUGGAGAGAGAUGGAAGUGAUGCAAGUACUCCAUAUGAACAAAGGGGCUGGGGAGACAAGUUACGCAACCAACUCCACAGUUCAGAGCAACAUUAUAUCCACAGCGAAACCAGUGACGGAGGAAGCUAUACUAGAUAUAUUCAACAAUGUCUUGCCUGAGAGCGUAGGCAUUGCGGAUUUGGGUUGCUCAUCUGGACCCAACACCUUGUUGGUGGUGUCAGAGAUACUGGACGUGAUAUAUGCCAAAUGGCAGCAGCUGGGUCGUCCUUGUUCGCCUGAGUUUAGGGUGUACUUGAAUGAUCUCAUCGGCAAUGACUUCAACAAUGUGUUUGGCUUACUCCCUUCAUUUUACAACAAACUCAAGGAAGAGAAAGGCUCCGAGUUUGGGCCAUGUUUUAUAUCGGGUGUGCCUGGUUCAUUUUACGGGAGGGUGUUCCCAAGCAAGAGUCUCCACUUCGUGCACUCUUCUUCCAGUCUCCACUGGCUCUCUCAGGUUCCACCGGGUCUAGAGAGCAAGGACGGGAGAGGGAGCUGGAACAAGGGAAAAAUUUACAUAUCAAAGACGAGUCCAGAUUGCGUUUUGGAAGCAUACUCAUCGCAGUUCCAGAAGGACUGGUCAGUGUUUCUCAAGUCACGUGCAGAAGAAAUAGUGGGGGGAGGACGCAUGGUGUUGUCCUUCAUGGGCAGAAGAUCCACAGACCCUCGUUCAAAAGAGGGUUGCUACCAGUGGGAGCUCUUAGCCCGAGCACUCAUGAGCAUGGUUUCGGAGGGUCUAAUUGAGGUGAAAAAGGUUGAUUCCUUCAAUGCUCCAUACUAUGCACCAAGUCCGGAAGAAGUGAAAUUUGGAAUAUACAAAGAGGGGUCAUUUAUCUUAGAUCGGUUGGAAAUGUUUGAAAUUGAUUGGGAUGGAGGUGAUGGUGAUAAUUAUGAUGCAACUCCCACGUCCUCAACGCUAUCAAAUGGAGCACGAGUGGCUAAGACAAUUAGAGCUGUGGUUGAGUCCAUGCUAGCAAGCCAUUUUGGAGGAGAUGUAAUGGAUAGUUUAUUUCAAAGGUACGGUGAGAUGGUGGGCGAUCACUUGGCAAAGACAAGGGCUAAGUAUAUUAAUUUGGUCAUUUCCCUUGUAAGAAAAGUUUAAUUAAAUGUAGAAGUUAGAGUACAUGUACUUUGUGAUCAACAUACAAUAAAUUUCUUGAUGUUCCGUUAGUACUA